AAAAGGAGAGUUUCUAAUGUUGGCUCCCUGCAUCUCCACUUUCCAACGUACGGGGCUGAGAGGUCACUUUACGUCAGGGCUUUGAAUUAUUCAGCCAUUGUUGACAUUUGAGCGUUGCCAUAUCCAAUGUGACAAUAAGCUCGCUACAUGUUUACGGCAUAUUUUCUUUUAGAGAUAGCAGGGAGGCUGGCAGUUCCAGCAUUUCCAAAUAGAAUAGCUUUCUUCACUAUCUCCCAGACGAGAGGAGCUUCUUUGGAAAUAAUUUUGACUUGAAAGAGGAUAUUCACAUGUGUCUCCUGAGCUUCUGGGUGUCCUGUCCUCCAUCGCUGCCUUCAUGGCACUGAUGGCUCUGUUUUUUCUUUACCUCAGCAACAAACUGUCAGUGGACAAUCCUGACACCGUGAGCAACAAGACAGUGCCCGCGAUGAGCUAACCCGGCAGUCAACCGGACCCCCGCGGUGAGAUGGCCUUCUUCAAGAGCUUUCAGCAGAACCUUCCGUCCGUCAGCAUUUCCUCCAUCUUGGACACGGUCAGCAGCAAAGUGGACGACCUGGCCAACGCCGUCAGCGAUGUGACGUACGCCGUUAGCGACCAGCUGAGCGAGCAGGUCAGCACCAUCAUCAACAAGGUCCAGGAGGAGGAGGACGGAGAUCAGGAUUGGGCGCAGGACGGGAAAGCCGCGAGUAGAAGUUUGUGGCCGGAAACGAGUUCAAAAUCGAAAAACAACUCAAGCGGUGACGUCGCCGAGGCGGAGUGUGAACAAAGCCAGCUGGAGUGGGAAUGGAGGGACGGAUGCUGGCGGGUGAAGAAGACGGAAGCCGAGUUAGCGGAGGAGGAGAGGAGGAAGAAAGAGGAGAAAGAGUUGCUGGAGGAGAGGGAGAUGAGGAGGAAAGAGAGGAGAGAGAAGCGCUUGGAGAAGGCCGGCGUGACUACGAAAAACCAGGAGCCUUCUAAAGAGGGACAGGAAGAGCAGACGGAAGCCGACGAAUUAAAAAAAACAGGCCAAGAAGCGAGGCAAGGUGAAGACGCAACACAGCCCGGCGGACGCGACGCGUGUGAUGAAUCGCCUCCGUCGUCGGGCGCCGAAAGUGAGAGGACGUUCCCUGAACAUGAGGAGGAAAAGAAUGAACGAGAUGACGAGGAGCGGUACGGCCUCGACAGAGAAGGUGACGACGAGGACGCGCCGGAUGCCCCUCAAGUGAAAAAGAAAAAGUUGGAUAAAAAGAAGGAGAAAGCGGCUAAGAAAGCGGAGAAGAAGGAGAAAGACAGGAAGCGCAAGAAGAAAGACAAAAGCAAACGAGAGGCAAUUUUGACAGAAAGCGAAGAAGAAAGAGACCCGGAGCCUGCGGUCCAGUCUACGACCGCAGCGUGCCGCAGCAAAAACAAAGAGGCCACAGAACAGGAAGGCGACAGCAGUGAGGCCUCCGACGAAAACGCAUCCAGCCGCAUCCAGAAAUUACAGAAAACGCCGUCGCUCGCGGAGGGCCGGCCUCCUCCCUAUCAGGACCGGGUCUCGGUGGCCUGCGUGUCUUCCUCCCGUUCCCGUGUCGGCGGGGGGUCAUCCCCUCAACGCUGCUCCAGUGAGGCCAGCGUGGACCAGGACACGAAGAGCUACCUCAACAAAGGUUGCGAGGAGGACAGCACUGCCGUGAUGGGGCCCGAGGACAGCUCCGGUCCACCGCUGCCUUCGGCCUACGAGCCGGAGCCCCUCGCCAAGUACGGCACGCUGGAUGUGGCUUUCGAGUACGAUUCCAACGAGCGUUGGCUCGCCGUCACGGUCACCGCGGCGACGGACAUCCCCGCUCUCAAACAGGCGGGCAACAUCUCGUGGCAGGUCCACCUCGUCCUGCUGCCUACCAAGAAGCAGCGGGCCAAGACGGGCGUCCAAAAGGGCCCGUGUCCGGUUUUCACCGAGACGUUCAAGUUCUCUCGAGUGGAACAGGAGGUGCUGAGCGAUUGCGCCGUUCGAUUUCGCCUGUACAGCAUCAGAAGGAUGAAAAAAGAGAAGGUCCUGGGCGAGAAGGUCUUCCACCUCACCAAGCUAAACCUGCAGGGGAAAAUCGCUUUGCCCGUCACCCUCGAGCCUGGAUCGGAACUUACAGGUUGUGGCUCAAUGGUGAGCGUGUCCCGCAGCGCAGGGGCUGUGUCCUAUCGCUCCACCGAGGACUCGUCCUCACCAGAAAUCCUCCUGGGACUCGUGUACAACUCUGCCACGGGCCAUCUGUCCGCCGAGGUGAUCCAGGGGAGCCAUUUUAAAAGUACAGCGUCCGAUAAACCCGUCAAUGGUCUGUUUUGUUGUUUAAAGCAUUUCGUUGGGGGACAGCUUUAUAUCAUGAGAGACACCUACGUCACGCUGACCAUGCUGGACUCCAAAGGCAAGGAGAUGUCCAAGUUCAAGACGGCGGUAUGCCGUGGGCAGCCCAGCCCCUCCUACAAAGAAACCUUCGUCUUCCAGGUGGCGCUCUUCCAGCUGACUGACGUGUCACUGGUUCUGUCCGUCUUCUCCCGCCGCAGCAGCAUGAGGCCUCGGGAGCGCCUGGGCUGGGUCUCCUUGGGCCACAGCAGCACCGGCGAGGAGGAACUGGCCCACUGGAUCGAGAUGAAGGAGGCUGAGGGCCAGCAGGUGUGUCACUGGCACACCCUCACCGACACAAAGGGCCUGAUUUACUGACUGAAGGUUUAUGCAAGCAGGAAAGGGAUGUGGAAGCCGAGCUUCUAACCGAGGGCACCCGGGAACGCGAGUGCCAAACACACAAAAUCGCAAUUUGAAAUGCCAGAAACAAAAAUGAACGUGACAUACUGCCUAGUCAGCAAUGCAAUUUUGGAGCUACUGAAUUAUCCACGGGCAGACUCUGAGCCAGUCACAAGAAGGACUCAUGUCAUAUCACCUAUGACAAAACUCCUUUCAACUCCGCAUUUCCUUGCAUCUGGGUCAUUUUGAGCUCACUGUGACAAUUGGUUUUCUGGACUCUGCCGGAUCAGUUUUCUGGGUGUCGAUCGUGCAUACGAUGCCCACUAACAGUGCGUGCAAUCCGUUAGCGUGAGUGCGCAAUUUAGUGCCUGCCAUUUGGGAUCUUUGUAAAUCUGGCCCAUAUUGUGGGGAAAAAAGUGGUCAGGACACCUCAUGCUGUAGGAGGCAGGUGCUACCCAUUGAGACCUUGUGGGUGGAAGUUUUGAGAGCCUGAAACAGCCAUGAAGAAGCAAAGUGACGUUUACUGUCGAUAUAAAAAUAGAACACACCCCUGUUAAAACACAAGAUUUUUUUUUUUUUUAACCGGCAUGGGACUUACAGAGUAGCUUUACCAUACAGUCACAUCGCAAUUGUAUCACAAUACAGGGAUUGUCCAUCCAUCCAUUUUCAGUUUUCACAUGAAAGGACCCAUUGACACCCAUGUGAUGAAUCAGUGUGUGUCAGGAGGCUGUAAAAGCCGGAGAAAACCACACAAGCACGGCGAGAACGUGUCGACUCCACAAUGAAAACAACAACUUGUAUUUCAACAGGGUCACGUGUUCCCGUCAAUACUACACCAUCACGCCUGUAGUAAUUUGCAUGCAGUCUGCAGCAACCGUUUACAACGUGAAGAGCCUUUCCACGUGGCAUAAAGACAUUUUCGCUCUUGGUACCUUUGGGAGGCCAUGAGCUUGGAGCGGGCGGGCUCUUCCUUUUGCAGCCACCAGCAUAGCAGACACUCUGCGGGUCACAUACAUUGACAAGCAAAAACACUUUGACUGUUUAAAAAGGAAAAAAAAAAGGGCCUAUCCGACAUGCUGCAACGAUGUUCACAGGCUGUGCUUUGUUUACAUGUAUUAUGCAAGAUCAUCCUUUUUUUUAAAUUAGUCUAGAGGUUUACCGGAUUUCCACAAAGACCUGGUAAAACUGGCGCCGCAUGAUGCAAAAGGAAGUGGAGUCAAAC